GGCAUUUAUCCUCUCGAAUAUUCUUGUGAAGCGGCAAUGGGCUCUAGCGCUAGGGUUUUGUGGCCGGGAGCUAUGGCGGAGGUGCAUUCUUCUUGGGAAUUUCUGAAGCUCUUGCCGGAAGGGUAUGCGCAUUUUGUUUCCAAUCCUCGAUUCAGUGGGUUGAUUAGUCUGAAACGGGACGUAGGAUUUGUGAUUGCCGGCCCGCCACUGCUGCUGGAUUCCGACGAGCUCCCUAUUGCCUCGAUCAGCGGAUUGAUUGGAGAUUGCGCUGCCGGGUGGAUAGAGGAGCUUGAUCCUGGCCAUGCAAGAGACUGGUUUCUAUCGAGAAAAUCCAGCAGCAACACGAGACUUGGUGAUCACUUUGCAAAGUGUGUCGAGUUCGUGCUUCGUUUCGCUCCGUUGGAGGGAAUCGACUCCAUAUUCUACUCCCAGCAAGUUUUGGAGCCCGUCACAGUUGACAAGGAUGAAGAAAUGGUAUCCACACGACUUGAAGGGGUUGAUGGCGAGCAAACUGAGAACGGUGGUGACAAGUACGAGAGGAGACGAGCAAGAAAACUGUUGCGUAGGCUUCACAGGAAAAGGAUCUCCGUGAACACCGUUGGAGAGUUUGAUUUUCUCUUUCGUCUCAAGCACCCGCAGCCAUCUACGGUCGUGGAGCACUGGGAAGUCUCCGUGAAGUUUUUGCUCUACGUUGGGCCUUGGGAAGCCUUUGGUCUACAAACUCCCGAAGCCGCCAAGUGGAAGCAACUCAGGUCAGAACAGCAGAUGGAGGAGAUCUCCACCACCACCACCGCCUCGAGAAACGAGCGGUUUCUCGGGUUUUUUCUGGGGCCUCACGUCGGAGAAACUCUGGCGGACAGGAAGAAUCGACUCAAGAACCAGCUCACUCUGCCGACGAAAGCUGCGGCUCUGGGGACACUAGAGUCGCUUUUUGGAAGUGGUGAUAUCCGAGUGAGCUCAAGAGCUCUGCUGCACGGCUACCUCUUCUACGAGCCUGCGCUGUGGAAGUUCCUGUGCACAACGAGCAGUGACUUUCGAGGCAGCACGUAUGGAGACUCGACUGUGAACUCUAGGCACUGGAAAGGCUGGUGGAUGAACGUGGAAGGAUUCCAAACUUUUGCGUCGGCUCCAGAGCGCGUGACGAGCAAGUGGUACAUCGUUCCAAAGAUGGAGUGGCUUUCUCCGGUGGUGAUCCGUGAAGACGAGGAGAGGUUUCUCCACGGUGCGCUCAGCAGCGAUGGACUGGUGGAUAUGGCUGCCAAAGUCGCCGAGGAAGCGAGCAGGAUGGGCAGGGACAGGAUGAGACGCUUCAUGGUGGCGGAGAUUCGUCGGCAAAGCGAUGAGUGUCACUGGAUUUGGAGUGAGUCGAGCAGGGGUUUUAUCGUCGAGGAUUCCUGGCCGGAUACCAAAGCUUACAGUCCUCACGGCUUCGUUAUGUCUUGGGGUCCGUGAAGCUGGAAAAGAAGAAGAGUGGAAAUCCGCUACUCCAUCCAUACGAUGUUCUCAGGAGCUGGGAAGAUUUCCGAUGCUUGGAGAUGAUCACAAGAGUUUGGAAGUUUUCCGAAGAUCACAAGAGCUUGGAAGUUUUCUUGGAUGAUUUGAUCAACCAAGAACUCUCUCUUUUUACAGUUCGAGCAGCAAAGUUUUUGAUCUUUGGGAAA